AUGUUUAGUGUAGAUAUUAUCAACUAUCUGGCUAAGUCCAUCCCACUGCUAGAUUACUCAAGUCACCAGAGGAAAAAGUUCUUUGUCGAACUGAAGUACUACUUUUGGGAAGAUCCUAUUCUCUAUAGGCGAUGGGCUGAUCAGAUUGUAAGGAGGAGUAUGCCUGAAGAUGAAGUACUUACGAUUCUUGAGCAUUGCCAUUCAUCUGCCUAUGUGGGACACUUUGAGCUUCAAAGACUGCUAGACGCUUUUGAGCUUGUCAAGAGGUGUGAUAGAUGUCAACGCACUGAGAAUAUCUCAAGAAGGAAUGAAAUACCACUUCACAAUAUAUUGGAAGUUGAGAUAUUUGACGUCUGGGGAAUCGACCUUAUGGGACCUUUUUCCCUAUCGUUUUCCAAUCAAUAUAUCCUUGUGGUCAUUGAUUAUGUGUCUAAGUGGGUAGAAGUAGUAGUAUUGCCAACAAAUGACGCGAAGGUGUUGAAGAAAAUACUUGAGGUUAUAGUGAAUUCAUCCCGAAAGGACUGGUCUAUAAAGCUAGAUGAUGCAUUUUGGGCAUAUAGAACAGAAUUCAAGACCUUGACAGGCUUGUCUCCAUAUUUCCUGGCUUUUGGGAAAGUGUGCCACCUCCCAUUAAUGAUAGAACAUAAUGCAUACUGGGCUAUGAAACAGUUAAACAUGGAUUUAAAGGCCAUCGAUGAAAAUCGUUUACUACAGCUAAUUAAGUUAGAUGAAUUCAGGAUGGAAGCAUAUGAAAACUCAAAGCUUUAUAAAGAAUGCGCCAAAAAGUGUCAUGACUUACACAUUCAGAGGCGAGAGUUUGAAGUGGAAGUCAGCCAUGAAACUAAAGGUACCUUCACAGUUAUUGGGGAAAGACUGAAACGUUAUUGGGGUAGUGACUUCUCCAAGAAAAAAUCCACCGUUCAACUCGAGACACCAGAACGAAGCAACUACGGGAAAGUCGAGCUAUUGACUAUAAACUAG